UGUGCCUGUUGGAGGGUGUUGUAUUUUUAGUUAGGCCUGCCCCUCAGAUGUCCAUCAGCAGGUCAAAGACUCCUUCAGUGACGAUAUAUAGGAGCAGAGCUGUCUGCAACCUCAAACACAGAUGAUCACUGCUACAAGGGAGUUUUAAGAAGUUCGAAGAUGUCGAAUGAGAGGAACGUUGAGGCGGUGGGCUGCGACGCCUCCAUCAUGAGGAACGUCUGGGAGAUCAGAGAGAGGGAAUAUGACCAGAAGAUGCAGACGGAGCAGGAGCGGAUAGGGAAGAGCGCUCUGAUCACAAUCAACAAAGAUUGGGCAAAUCGAUUGGCUGCAAGACAAGGAAACUACAAAAGGCCAGAGAGGAAACCUAAACCGGUUGAGGAUAAGGUAGAUGAGGACAAUGUCUGGAAGACCAAGAAAGCUCAGGCUCCUCCUCCUGUUCCACGUGGGGUAGGUUCAGGUCCACUUGGAAGACCAGGAGUUCAGAGCAGAGGCCUCUCCACUCCAAGUACCACCAAAAAGCUGCCAGAAAAGGGCCUUAUGAAGCUCCAGAUGCUCUUGUUCAUCAACCAAACUCAACCCUCUUCUAUGGUGUGGGGGAAGUCAUGGAAGUACAACAAGGCCUUGCCACUACCAGCAGAAGGCACUGAAGCUAGAUCAGAUUGGGGCCACUGCUGGAUGUUUGCUACCCAGCAGCCUUACACCAAAGCAGGGAUGCCUUGGAAGAAUGGGCCCAACAUGAUGGAUCCUAACAUCCUCCAUUUCUGGGAGAAACUUGAGACAAGGAUGGUGGAAUCUCAAGAACUAGACUUGAGUCUUCCCGCUGAGGAGUGGCAGGUCUCCUGGAGAAAAUCUGACAAAACCAAUAAGGAUACAUCGUCCGAGGAUGGAGAGAAUUUAGCCAAAUCUGGAUUGUUCAACUUGUUGGAGGAGACUCAGCAAUACAACGAAGAAUUGUGUUCAUCAGAGUGGAACGAGUCAUGGAUGUCCACCAAGCCAGGAACUCAGCAGGAUAACUUCACUGCUCCAAAUAAUGGUCUAACGAAUAAGUCAAAGCAGAAUAACAAUAAUGAAAUGAGCUCCAUGUUGGAGAAUUGGAAGCUUGCCAACCAUCUUGGCCGCAACAACGUCAAGACGCCCCAAAAUACAAAAUCACUCAGUUCAGCUUGGGUUGAUUCUUGGAGAGCAGCCAUGACAGUCUUCAACAACCACAAGAAUUCCUCUACAAAACAAGGUGAUACCUAUGAUCAUAACGACCAGCAGAGAGAGUCAAACCACCACAAAGUCAUCGUUGUGCCUCAUGAGCAGAAGAACAAAAAUCUUAACAUGCAGCUCUGGGAGGAAUUUGAGGCACUCGCUGAAUGGACCAAGUCAUGGCAGGUGACAAAAAACAACUCAAAGCCAUGUGAAGAAUUAGAAAAAGUGCUGAAGCUCUCACAGGUAACUACUUCGGAGGCUCAGAAGGUGGAGAGUAAGACAAAGGGGAAUUCUUCAACAUCAGGGAACGUUGACCCACGUUAUGAGCAACUGAAACAUAGCACGAUUUAUCACCCAAGGAGAGAGUUUUCCCAAUCUCAGCUGCUUUGUUUGAAACACCUGGGAAAUGACUCGUCCACCUCAGAAUGGAAGGACUCCUGGAAGUCAGUGAAACACAGAAUGAGGAUGGAGAGAAGAAGAUACAGGCCUGAUCCUUCCAGUCCUUUCAGAGGAGCUGAGAGGGGAGAGGACAAUACGCCUGCUGCCUCAGAGUGGACAAACUCAUGGAAAUUCACCUGCCAGCCCCUGCGUCAGGAGCCUGAAGCUUGGCAACAGGGUUGGACCACAGCGCCCCAAGUCAGAGUAGAUCGUGCAAGAGAGUUGAACCACUUUGCCCCUGUAGAACUCCCGAAGAACGGCCCAACUUCAGAGCGAACGUGGGAACAAUCUUGGAGGUUCUCAAGGCGCCAACGCCAAUCACAACCUGGUGAAGUCAGGCCACAAACAAGCCAAGGAAGUUCAAGUGUGUCUUCCCACAAUCCCGACAACUCAUGGAAUCAGAGAAGGUACAGAAGGUCAGUUUCUGACUGGCAGGAGGCUUGGAUGGUCUCAGAAACUCAGUUCCGCCAAGACAGGCCCUCUUUAACUCAAUGGAGGGAUUCGUGGCAGUGGUCUGUAUUCCACACAGACCGUUGGACUGAGCAGGUGCCCAGGGAGAACCGCCUGGAUGCAUUAAUGGAGAUCCAACCCCAGAGAGAUUGGAUGUCCAUGCAGAGAGCCCGAGGAAAAAUGAGCCGAUCUUUUGACACCAAGCUGUUCAGGGAACAAUAUCCAGAGAAAGAGUGGAAUGCUUCAUGGAAAGCGGGUCCACUUCUGAGCCAAACACCAAGUAUCUCUGGAUCUUCAGGUGCAACUGAGAAAACCAUGAGCAGCAAUAUUCAGCAGCCCCACGGCACCACAAAUGGCCAUGGGUCAAAAUGGGGAAGGUCUUUCAGGAUUGCCAACCCCAUGCCCCAAGUGGAGCAACCCUGGGUGGAGUCCUCUCCCAACACCUCUUGUUAUACGGUUAUGUGGUUUAGAGAAAUGAACACUCAAAACAAAAUCAACCCCAAGUUCAGCAACAACCCUGCAAACUUCAGUCAGUGGGGACCUUCUCAUAGGUUCCUUCAGGGUGCCAGUGCUCAGAGCAAAGACAAAACAAAGUCUAAGGUAACUGUUGACCCUAUGGUGAUUGUAACCAAACAUAUCAGCACAAGGAAGCAUUUGUAUUCCAACAUUGAGAAGGAGAAGCAAGGAGACAAGAAGUGGGCCGGAUGUCACCUGUUAGGUAAAACCCAACCGCGACCCAAGAGAGGACCCGCUUCAAAGAACACGCCUAAAAUGACGGAUGAAAACAAUGACAAGAUGCUUGAAGAGUGGGCAGAAUCUUGGAAGUUUUUGGUAAAACCUGGUAGUUUGAAAACACCUGUGAAGUCCCUCAAAGGUUGGAAUGAUUCUUGGAAAUUCCUCAUUCCACCGUACCCACCGAUGAACGGCCACAAGACAAGAUAGAAAGCAUGUGCAUUCUGGUGAAUGUAUUCUCUCACUGGUUUUUUUUAUUAAAGGAUUAAAAAACAUCA